CGUUACAUUAAGUCGGCUCCCCAUACUAGGCCUUUGUGUUUAUACUGCAUGUAUCUGUUGGAAGGAGCCUUGUUAAACCGUCACGCCAUGUACAGUAAAAAAGAAAAGAGAACCGAAGAAAAGGGAUGAAACACAAUCCAUGGAGUGAGGAGAAAAUGAGAGGUGCUCUGAAAGAGUAGUCAGGACAUGUACCCAGACUCCGGGAGCUGGCAUACCUCUGGCUGUCUGCGCCUGUUUCCUCUUAAAUUGCUCCCCAGGUACCAGGGCUGCCGAGUUUGAGGGGCGCACAGUCAGCUGGGGGACACGGGGCUACUGCUAGGAGCCGGGACUGGAACAAUGACGGAGAACACUUUCCCCGUGUAUAAAGUGGACGCCAUCGUAACCUUUUUCCGCACUGAGGUCCUUACCGGGCAGGAGGCAAAACAUUUCACUAAGAACGACCUUGCCCCGAGCCCAAAGCCGGAUGCAGUACAGAGACUGUACAUGAGAAUACUGCAACUCCUGUACCGCUUCAAGCCUGAGUGUCAUUACAUGGUCCCAUUCUCUGAAAACAUCCAGCACCCCCAGCUCCAUGAGUGGCCCACUGCUGUCAUGAGUGUCUACCUGAGGAUGCGUCAGUUCCUGCGGAUGUGCUAUGUGUAUGACUUCUCACUGAACGACCUGCUGGCUCCCAAGGUGAAGAGGACGGUGACCAUCCUGAGUGGCAUCAUGAACUACCUUCACUUCAGGAAGCAGAGGCUUGAUAUGACUAUGGGACACCAGGAGAGAUUUAGAGAAGACAUGGACAAGCUUCAGGCUUACUCACGAGGAACUAAAGACGCUCAGAAGAAAAUGGACAAGCUGACUACCAUCCCUCCAGAGCAGCAGGCUGAAGCGAGGGAAUUGGACUCUGCUCUGUCUGACCUGCAGACCAACACCAUGCACCAAUACCAGGAAGUGAAUGCCAUCAAUGAGAAUAUUGCAGAGUGGAAAUCGGAGAUGGCAGAGAAGUCCCAAAAAUUGACCCAGUUGAAGGUUGAUGUGGCCACUCUAAAGGAGAACAUUGGUAAGCUAAAGUCUCAGAUCGUUGAGUCUCCUGAAGAGAUGAAGAUUCAGAUGGAGAAGAUGAAGGAAAACGUGAAGAACAUCAAGCUGGCCAUCGAGAUGGCAGACGAGCGUCUGGUAGGGCUGCAGAGUAAUGUCCAGGGUGUGACUCACAGCGAGGCUGACAUCCAGCUGAUAUUCAAACUACUGCAGGACCUCCAGAGCUCCAUGAACAAGACCCAACAGCACCAGGAAGAGGCCCAGGCUCUGGUGUGUGUGUAUGAGGCACAGCAGAAGGAACUGAAGAACCAUGGUGUGGAGGAGGGCCAGCUGAAGAGAUCUUUAGGGAUGAAGAUGGACAAGGAGUCCAAACAACAUAUACGAAGACAGAAGAAGAAGGAGAUUAAGGAUCAAUACAUUGAGGAUGUACUAGGUCAGUGUGACAAUGUUCACCAGAAGAGGGAGCAGAUAGCGGACCAGAUCCAGGAGAGAGACAGGGAUUCUCAACACCUCCGCAGUCAGAUGACCAACCUGAGGGACACCUGCAGUCAGGAGACUGAGAAAGCUCAGGACCUGUUUGAUCGUCUGCUGGCAGCUCUGGAUCACUUCCAUAAACGCAUACAGAACCACGUCGUCGAGGGCAACAACGACAUCGUCAAGAUGACUGCUAACUUCUAACCCAGUGUAGUUGACUUCUCUACAUCUGUCAUUAGUUUAGCUCAGCUCUGCUAACUUCUAACCCAGUGUAGUUGACUUCUCUACAUCUGUCAUUAGUUUAGCUCAGCUCUGCUAACUUCUAACCCAGUGUAGUUGACUUCUCUACAUCUGUCAUUAGUUUAGCUCAGCUCUGCUAACUUCUAACCCAGUGUAGUUGACUUCUCCACAUCUGUCAUUAGUUUAGCUCAGCUCUGCUAACUUCUAACCCAGUGUAGUUGACUUCUCCACAUCUGUCAUUAGCUUAGCUCUGCUAACUUCUAACCCAGUGUAGUUGACUUCUCUACAUCUGUCAUUAGUUUAGCUCUGCUAACUUCUAACCCAGUGUAGUUGACUCCUCUACAUCUGUCAUUAGUUUAGCUCUGCUAACUUCUAACCCAGUGUAGUUGACUUCUCCACAUCUGUCAUUAGUUUAGCUCAGCUCUGCUAACUUCUAACCCAGUGUAGUUGACUUCUCUACAUCUGUCAUUAGUUUAGCUCAGCUCUGCUAACUUCUAACCCAGUGUAGUUGACUUCUCUACAUCUGUCAUUAGUUUAGCUCAGCUCUGCUAACUUCUAACCCAGUGUAGUUGACUUCUCUACAUCUGUCAUUAGUUUAGCUCAGCUCUGCUAACUUCUAACCCAGUGUAGUUGACUUCUCCACAUCUGUCAUUAGCUUAGCUCUGCUAACUUCUAACCCAGUGUAGUUGACUUCUCCACAUCUGUCAUUAGUUUAGCUCUGCUAACUUCUAACCCAGUGUAGUUGACUUCUCUACAUCUGUCAUUAGUUUAGCUCAGCUCUGCUAACUUCUAACCCAGUGUAGUUGACUUCUCCACAUCUGUCAUUAGCUUAGCUCUGCUAACUUCUAACCCAGUGUAGUUGACUUCUCCACAUCUGUCAUUAGCUUAGCUCUGCUAACUUCUAACCCAGUGUAGUUGACUUCUCCACAUCUGUCAUUAGUUUAGCUCUGCUAACUUCUAACCCAGUGUAGUUGACUUCUCUACAUCUGUCAUUAGUUUAGCUCAGCUCUGCUAACUUCUAACCCAGUGUAGUUGACUUCUCUACAUCUGUCAUUAGUUUAGCUCAGCUCUGCUAACUUCUAACCCAGUGUAGUUGACUCCUCUACAUCUGUCAUUAGUUUAGCUCUGCUAACUUCUAACCCAGUGUAGUUGACUUCUCCACAUCUGUCAUUAGUUUAGCUCAGCUCUGCUAACUUCUAACCCAGUGUAGUUGACUUCUCUACAUCUGUCAUUAGUUUAGCUCAGCUCUGCUAACUUCUAACCCAGUGUAGUUGACUUCUCUACAUCUGUCAUUAGUUUAGCUCAGCUCUGCUAACUUCUAACCCAGUGUAGUUGACUUCUCCACAUCUGUCAUUAGUUUAGCUCAGCUCUGCUAACUUCUAACCCAGUGUAGUUGACUUCUCUACAUCUGUCAUUAGUUUAGCUCAGCUCUGCUAACUUCUAACCCAGUGUAGUUGACUUCUCUACAUCUGUCAUUAGUUUAGCUCAGCUCUGCUAACUUCUAACCCAGUGUAGUUGACUUCUCCACAUCUGUCAUUAGUUUAGCUCAGCUCUGCUAACUUCUAACCCAGUGUAGUUGACUUCUCCACAUCUGUCAUUAGUUUAGCUCAGCUCUGCUAACUUCUAACCCAGUGUAGUUGACUUCUCUACAUCUGUCAUUAGUUUAGCUCAGCUCUGCUAACUUCUAACCCAGUGUAGUUGACUUCUCUACAUCUGUCAUUAGUUUAGCUCAGCUCUGCUAACUUCUAACCCAGUGUAGUUGACUUCUCCACAUCUGUCAUUAGUUUAGCUCUGCUAACUUCUAACCCAGUGUAGUUGACUUCUCUACAUCUGUCAUUAGUUUAGCUCAGCUCUGCUAACUUCUAACCCAGUGUAGUUGACUUCUCCACAUCUGUCAUUAGUUUAGCUCUGCUAACUUCUAACCCAGUGUAGUUGACUCCUCUCCAUGUCUUAUUUUGAAAACAUACAAACAUGCAACUUUUAUUUGUGAAUAAAAAUAUCUAUUCUCA